AUGGGUGUAGAACUGAAAGGAAAUGGUCACGGGGAGGCGCCCAUGAACCCUACGAUUGCGGUUCCUCUAUUCGUCGCCGGUGGACUCGUCGCCAUCUUGUUCGCCUGGAAAACCGCCAUUCGCAUUCGACACCGUCAACGUUCGAAAGAGGCACGGGCAGGAACCGACCAAAUACAGGUGUCACGGACAAAUCGCUUCAACGCCUCCCUGAAGAAGCAUGUACUAUACGCUCCGCUAUGGGGUAAUCGUCAUAGUCGCGAGUUCCGCUUCCUCAGACUCCACAUGGGAUCGCUUCCACUGCGACUGGAAGUGAUUUGCCUUUUGAUAUACCUUGGCUUGAACAUCAUUUUCAUUAUUGUGACAGUUGAUUGGUGGAUCAGUGAUUACUCCCAGAAGAUGUUCCAGCUCAAGUAUUCUGCAGGCCAUCUGGCUGUCAUGAAUACACCGGGUCUGGUCCUGAGUGCUGGGCGGAAUAAUCCACUGAUUCAGCUGCUUGGUAUCUCAUUUGAUGGCUUCAACUAUAUGCAUCGCUGGGUAGGACGUGUGAUCGCUGCCAAUGCGGUGAUUCACAUGAGUGCAGUGUUGGCUAACCAAGCCUAUAUGCACGGUACGGAAUAUGUCCUCUAUGCUGUCUGGCAACAGCGCCUCUACUUCUGUGGCCUUGUGGCCGUUCUUGGAUUCAUUUUCAUUGUCGUUCAAUCACUGUCGCCGGUCCGACAUUCAUUCUACGAACUAUUCCUUCACCUGCAUAUUGCCUUGGCAGUCAUGUCCUUCGUUGCCCUCUGGUAUCAUCUGCAGAACCUAUUGCAACAGCAAGUGCUUCUAGGUACAUUAAUCCUAUGGGGUCUCGAUCGCGCAGGUCGACUCGGUAUUCUACUCUGGAGAAACAUUGGCAGACAACCCACAACUGCCACCAUUGAAGCCUUGCCUGGGUCUGUCGCCCGUGUCGAUGUCGCUGUCUCUCGAGCCUGGCGCUUCCGCCCUGGCCAGUACAUGUAUCUCUACCUGCCGUGUUUGGGUUUGUGGACAUCACAUCCUUUCACUGUUGCAUGGACAUCUACUGGUUCAGAUUCUCUGAAUAUGGGCGAGAAGCGCAGCUCAAGUGACUCCCUGAAGGCUCUCAUUGGAGGGUCGGAGACUACUACCAUGUCUGUCCUUAUCAAGGGACAGGAUGGAUUCACGAAGAAACUUCUUCAAAAGGCGGAGGACUCCGCCGAGGGACGGAUCAAUGCUAUGGCUUUGGCGGAGGGACCAUUUGGUGGUAUCCAUUCUCUCGACUCUUACGGCACUCUGCUUUUGAUCGCUGGCGGCAUUGGCAUUACCCACCCAAUGUCGUACCUGAACGAGGUCGUUGGCACCUUUGCUGAGCAGAAAACAGCUACACGCAAGGUCCGUCUGGUUUGGAUCGUUCGCAGCCUAGUCAACAUGAAAUAUACACUUCAAACUUGCAUUUUCACCCAUCAGACCAACCCCGCCCUAUCCGCGUGCAAUAGCAGCUGCAGUCCCCUCGAAAAGAACUUGAACACAUUAUGGGGGAAGCAAAAUGGGAACUGGCAGCCUCAGUACCAAUACUGUAAGACAGACGAAUCGUCUUUUGUCCAGUAUCAGGGUGGCUGUGCGACAUGUCUGGAGAAGCAAGAUAAUACCAAAGUGUUGGGCAACUACCUAGGAGCAAUGGGAUCAGCCUGUGGCAACAAACCUAAUGCGACGAAAGGUCAAACAGUUUCUCUAUCGCGAUCUUUAUUCACAUCGACUUCACCUUCCGCUUCCGCGACAUCAGGCUCAGGACUUAGCUCAGGAACCAAGAUUGGAAUUGGUGUCGGAGUUGGACUGGGGGUUGUUGCUUUGGGCGUGAUAGCCGGGAUUGUGUGGUUCUGUAUGAGACGUCGUCGUGCUCAGACCCAGUCUGGGUCAUAUAUGGCGCCACCAGAUAUACAGGCCGAUGGGGAACAAAGCAUGCAGCAUAGCUAUACACAAGGACCCAAGUCGUCGACGUACUCUGAGCAGACUUAUAUACCGGAACUUUUGGCUGCAGAUCCAAAGGAGCAGCCAGCUGAAUUGGGCGGGAAGAGUGUUGUGGCAGAGUUGCCUGGUCAUAUGAGUUCAUGA